CACAAGGAGGGUUAGUGUUCUUGUUGCUCUGCUACCUCGUUUUAGUUGGAACAGCAACAAGGGACUUGGUAAUGAAGAAGCAAAACAAAAAACAAGACCUACUGUCUCUGUCUGCGAGGCUUCAAACGAGUGGUGGGGGCGAGGUUGAUUGCUGGGGCUCGAUGUGGGAGUUGAGAUCAUGCUCCAAUGAGAUUGUGGCUUUCUUCAUCAACGGUGAGGCAGACAUUGGCCCUGAUUGCUGCGACGCCGUAUCGGUGAUAACGCGUAAUUGCUGGCCUGCGAUGCUCACUUCAUUGGGUUUCUCUGCGGAAGAAGGUUACGUUUUGCAAGGUUACUGUGAUGCUGCUGCUUCAAAUCCUGCAUUGGCCCCUCAUGGAGCUUCGAGCUCCAUUAUUAUUACCACUUAAUAAGAUAUUUCAUUCAAGUUAUAGUGUAGAAGUACUGAUUAGAAGGCUUUUGUGAUUUCGGAUAUGUUCACGCUUUCUCUUAUGAAAAUAAAGCAUUUUGCUUAGCUA